UAAAAAAAAUAGACAUUACCCUUGUUAAAAUGAUUGCGUUGUCUAUUGGUUCCAAAAGCUUUGAAUUUGGAAAAUGAACAAUUGGCAGUGGAGUUUGUUCACUAGGGAUUUCAGAACAUUAUUUAUUAUUUUUUGUUUUAGAUUUGACGAUGAUUUUAUUGAAUUGGAUUUAGAGGGUUAGAAAUGAAAUCAACUUACCACCCUUAAAAGUUGGAAUAUAAGAAAAUUAGUGGUAGAGUAGUCAUUAAAUAUCAAUAAUUUUAUUAAGUUUUCUUUAAUUCUUUUAUUCAAUGAAUGGGUGGUAAUCUUAUUCAUCCAAUACAAUCUGUCCAACCGUUCAUACGAUAACUCGUACAUGCCUUGGCCUAGUAAAAACAGACUCUUCAACAAUGAGAAGAAUCAAACAAACAACCAGACUAUUAAGGGCCUGUUUACUUUCAUUUCUGUUUCCUGUUUUUGAGAAAACAGAUGUUGAAAACAGGUGAAAACAACAUUUUGUCGUUUCCGAAAACAGCAGGAAGUUGCCACUUUCUGUUUUCAUAGUUGGAAACGAAUAGAAAACAAAAUGAAAAGUAAACAAGUUUUCUCAUUUCGGUUGCCAAAUUUAUCACAUGAAAACAGAAAACUGAAAACGAAAAUGAAAGUGAACAGGGCCUAAGUCAAUCCUAAACAAACAACCUAGGACAACAUCAAGACAAGCACUAGUGAUUCUGCCUUUUGUACCACAAAUCUCGGCCUAGUGCAUCAUCUGCAAACAGCGGGAUGGGAUUAGGUGCUAACCCUUAUAGGGACUAACACCGUGAUAACUAGCAAAAAUACUACGGAUUAUUAUAAAAUCAAUACAACAUCUAAGCUAAAUAACUACUAAUUCAAACUAGUAGUAGUUUUUCCCUUGGUUAGGACGGUGCUAACUAUUGUACAAUUAGCACCGUAGCCGUUCCCGCAAACAGCUGAUCACCUUGUUCCUUGACUUGCAUUACCCCUUGCAUCUUCACCAACUUCACUCAUCAGUAAACACCAAAGGACACGCCCCAGUCUACACUUCCCCAACUUUCGAGUUGCUUCCGCACUGUCUGAUGCAGGUCAACUUGCAGGGGAAAUUGCCAUCUGACUGGUAAAACAAUUCUCCAAAGCUCCUGGACAUAGAUACACGAGAACUAGAUGUGCUCCCUUGUUUCUACUGACAUUCCGCAAAGAAGACACAUAUUAAGCACUGUAGGGCACCAUUUUCCCACUUUAUCCAGGGCGGUAACCCGACCUAUAAGAACCAACCACGUUAACAACGAGUUCUUAGAAAUCCCCUGCUUCCAGACUAGUUUGGCCCACUCUACUUCUUCCUGCCGAGGUCUAAUACUUUGACAUAUCCUGCUUGUGCUGAAUUCGCUAAUCAGAGCCCCAUCCCAUUCGACUCGUCGAGUUGACAAAAUCAUUUUCCCUUCAAACAAACCUCGCAACUUCAAAAUCUUCUUUGAUAGGGUAUCAUAGUAAUUAAGGAAUUAAUACCAUGGCUAAUGGCAUGGAGAAGGAAAGAAGACAAGAGGAAAAAGACAAGGCUGGGAGACAAGAGACAAGGCCAGGCACCUGACAUCAGCAAGGACAAGGGACAGGGGGACACCCUCUGCCAAAAAGGACUAUGAACAGUGUCAGAAGGUCUGAGGCGCCCGACCAGAGCAUUUAUGGCUUGGCAGGCGCCCAGACCACUACCUAACCCUCAAAUGUGUAUAAAUAGGAGUUCUCUCCUCAUAAAUGGCAAUCUAUCUACUCUUACUACUACUUCUCCCUACUUUCUCUCUCUAUACACUCCUUCUCUUUUCUUGCUUCGGACGAGGCGGGGCGCCUACCCCUUCAAGGUCAUGGCUGACGCCCCAAACCCCUUGGACCCGAGUGACGCCCAGUCGCCCGGGCUCAAACAAUUGGCGGCCACCGUGGGGCCAAGCAUGACUUUGAAAGACGCUUCCAACUCAAAGAAGGGGGAAGAAAGGAGUCCGGCACCAACGAAGACCCCUAUCAAGCAAGUCGUUGGUCGAGAAGCGAUCAACCCUCAACCACUCACCAUCCAAAGUUUGGAAGCAUCCGACGAUGACGAUCCAUCAGGAGAGGGAGAAGACACGGAGCGCCUGAAGGGCCAACUAGCGAAGCUUCGGGAAAAGCAAGCACUUCAAAUGGCCAGCAUGCAAGGCCAACUGGAUCAAGUCAUGACCGCGUUGUCAGCACUAACAAAGGCAAACAAUCACGCGCCUCCCAAUCCCCAAGAAGCCACAGAGGAGAGGAGGCGCCUCCGAGGAAAGAUGCAAGAGGUUGAGGUGCUACCCAUGAACUCCCCACGGGAGGGUGUGGGCGCCUCACCCAACGAGGACGCAAUUGAAGCUGACGACGAUGUCUACCUGGAGAAGUACGCCCGACUCAACUACGGCGCCUCGGAAGAAAGAAGCGCCCUGGAAUUUUUGUAGGGGAAGGGCCGCCCUUUAAGUAGGCGUAACCCAAAGACACCCUAAGAGAGGCAAAAGCGUGCUAGGAGGAGUCCUUUUAUUCAGUUUAGGUUGGUAAUGUUAGGAAUUUUCGGGGAAAGGGACGCGCCCUGGCGAUACCCCAUGUAAUUCCCUAUUUUGCUCAAGGAACGGAUAUUCACUACUCGGCAAUGCAAAGCUAUCCCUGUUUUAACAGAUGGAGUCACCCCAGACUCGCUUCCUCCGUCGAGGAGAAGCCUAAGCGUGUUACCACCUUCUCAGGGGUACACGUAAGAAAAAUCAAGUUUUGCUUAAGGUAGUCAUCUUAACAAAACCUUUUACCCGCAACCAGCGGAAGAGCCUUAGUGCUUACGCUCAGAUCUUCAUCCGAGCGUCGGGCGCUCGUUUUACGAGUCCCCAUGAGAGGUGAUGCCUUGGCCAUAUCCCUCGCAAAAUUCCUGCCUUGCCAGAAGGGGUUACCCAGACCCGCUUCCUCCGUCGAGGAGAAGCCUAAGCGUGUCACCUCCUUCUCAGGGGUACACGUAAGAAAAAUCAAGUUUUGCUUAAGGUAGUCAUCUUAACAAAACCUUUUACCCGCAACCAGCGGAAGAGCUUAGUGCUUACACUCAGAUCUUCAUCCGAGCGUUGAGCGCUCGUUUCACGAGUCCCCAUGAGUGGUGGCGCCUUGGCCAUAUCCCUCGCGAAAUUCCCUGCCUUGUCAGAAGGGGUCACCCAGACCCGCUUCCUCCAUUGAGGAGAAACCAAAACGCAUCACCUCUUUUCAAAGAGGCUACGCGUAAGAAACCUAGCUCAAAAGC